CUUGGUAUUUCUUUAUCAAUAGAGUUAUGAAUAAAGAUAAAUAUCAGUUUACGAUCGAGAAUUUACAUUUGUCAAAGUGGUCGUUGAAGGUUUGGAUAAGAUGUAAAAGGAACAAUGUUGUUGGUGUCUUAGCCGUUAACUAGAAUGGGUGGGAAGUCCAGCAAGGCUGAAGAUAAAAGAAACAAAAAGCCAGUUCCCACGAUAACUGCAUCUAGAACUAAGAAAACGUUGACUGAAAAUGUGCCAACACAAGCUUCAAACGAUGACGGAGCAUUUGGAGUCAGACGUUUUAGGCGCAAGUCAAUAAGUGAUUUAGAGCCUGACCUGGUGGAUAGAUCAGAUAACACAACGAUUAUGAGUAAAGCUGCGCCAAUACAAGCAUACAAACCAAUACGACACAAACACAUAAAAAAUGAUGACGGAGCAGUUGGAGGCAGAAGUUUGGGAAGCAAGUCAAAAAGUGACCUAGAUGACGGAGCAGUGGGAGGAAGAAUAUUAAGAACAAAGUCAGACGUUGAUAUAGACCCUGAAAGCAGAUUGUCGUUUGACGAUGAUAUCUUUCACAGCACCCGCAAAGACAGUUUGGGUGGACUAUAUUUUCAUGACGACGUUUGGCCUAUUACCAAGCAUAAGCAAGCGCAAGGAAUGGACAAACUGAAUGCUGAUACAACGGUGAUAACAAUAAAGAGCAAACGGGAGAAGGCGCUUGUAUGUGUGUCAAUAGAUUUCGGAACUACUUACAGUGGAUAUGCAUACUCCUUCAAAUCUAGCCCCAAUGACAUUAUUGGAAGAGGCGGUGGACAACAAAUUAAGACACCGACAAUAGUUCUCCUUGACCCUCAAAAGAAUAUGGUUGCCUUCGGAGAUAAAGCCACAAAUAAGUAUCUGCAGCUGGUGAAAAAUAAACAACACACAAGCUGGUAUAUGUUUGAACGAUUUAAAAUGGCUCUCUUCGUGAGGGAUGGGCCACUAGACAAAGAUAUCAUCAUCGAAGAUAUUAUGGGAAAGAAAAUGAGAGCUAUAGACAUUUUCAGUUUAGCUAUCAAUUUCAUCAAAACGGAAGUUUUGAAUACUCUUACGGACAAAGAACACAUGAAAGACAUUGACAUAAAUAGUGAGAACGAUUUACAGUGGGUGCUUACUGUUCCGGCAAUCUGGAAUGAUCUUUCAAAGAAAUUCAUGAGAGAUGCUGCAACAAAGGCAGGUAUUCCGGACGAAAUGCUGACCCUUGCACUGGAACCCGAGGCUGCAUCGUUGUACUGUAAAGAACAACUCGGAAUAAGCAAACUGCCCUCCGGCCAUCGAUACAUGGUCGCAGAUCUCGGAGGUGGCACCGCAGAUAUUACCGUUCAUGAGGUAAAUCAUGAUGGCACAUUGUCAGAGAUACACCAACCAACCGGAGGAGACUUCGGUGGGACUAAUGUGGACAAUAAAUUCAUAAACACGCUAGUUCAAAUAUUUGGCGCAGACCUCUUUCAGAAAUUUAAGCAAAAUUGCACGGAUGAGUAUAUUGAUUUCAUGCAGAGUUUUGAAACAAAGAAACGACACUUCAACAGUACUUCGCGCAUGACAAUACGAUUCCCGGUAAAACUAAGAGAGAUGUAUGAAAUGGACAUAGGUGAAAAAGUUGAAACCACUUUAGCGCAAACGCCCUUUGCGAGGAAUCUAGAAUUCAAAAAUGACAAACUAAUAAUUUCUGUUGAUUUGGCAAAAUCUUUCUUUGAUGAAGCGAUUGAUAAAAUCGAUAAAUCAAUUUCAGAUUUGUUGAAAAAAGUGAAACCGCUCAAUCAUAUUUUACUAGUCGGUGGAUUUUCUGAGUCGCCAUAUCUACAGUCUGUUCUCAGGAACACCUUUGGUAAUAUGGUCAUUAUUCCAGAAGAACCGUCGUCGGCGGUGUUGCGUGGGGCAGUAAUGUACGGCCACAAACCACUGGCCAUUGCUGCUAGGGUGUGCAAAUAUACGUAUGGGAUCGCCCGAAUGAUGAAAUUUAAACAACACCAUCCGCCUAACAAAAAGAUCGAAAUUGAUGGUAUGGCUUAUUGCGAUGACAUCUUUGAUAAACAUAUUGAAAUCGGAACUAAAAUGAGCGUGGCUAAUGCAGAACAUGUUACGGCUCAUGAAUAUUUCCCGACCAUGUCUGAAAUGAGACAAGCUGUUCUGGAGGUUUAUGCGAGUCCUAAAAGGAAUCCAAAAUAUGUGGAUGAGGAUGGUUGCCAACUUGUAGGGCUAAUAAAGGUGGACAUCGAUCCACAGGGGGAUAUAUACGCGAAAAUUCUUGUGAAGUUGAUGUUUGGUGGUACUGAGCUUAGGAUUCAGGUCACUGAUGUUAAACAAAACAUUGUCACAAACGCAAAUUUUGAUUUUCUAGGAUAGCGAUUACAGGAAUAAAAAAGUGUUACUUUCAUAAUACUUCCAAGAAUAUUUCUUGCGUUAUGUUCUUGAUAAAUAUUUAGUUAUUAUUCUCGAUUAAACAAUAACAAAUUAUUAGAUAUAGAACGCAUUGUGUUAUUGUGACUAUAAGUGAAAAUAAAACAUUAGUGUAACGGUGGUAAUGAAUUAAUCACAGUAUUUGCAUAUGGAUAUUUUGUCAAGUUGAAUAGGCGACAAUCAUUGUUGAAUGAUUUUACAUUUCACAGAAUAUUUUCAAAUUGUAUAGUCAUUGCUGCGCCAUAUUACAAGUCAGAUGCGAUAUAUUUUAUGAGAUGGGCGUUUAUGAAAUGUAUGCAUAUAUACUUCAUCUUAAAUAUGUAAAUAUAGUAAACUUUAUUUAUCACGUAUAUAGGUAAAUUUUUAUUCGUAGUGCUCAUUCUCUGAAAUUGUGCGUAUUGUAUUUGGGAUGUGAAAGUGUAAUUUGUGCAUCAUUAUCCAUGGCCUCUGAUGAUUGAAAUGAUAGUUUAAGCAUGCUUAAAACAAAACCUUUGUUUCUAUGACAAGUUAAGGGUUAAUUAAUUUUGAUUGUAUUUUACUAUACAUACGCUCUUAAAAGGAGAUGUUGGAAAGCAGAUAUAAUCGCAUAUAACUAUAUUUGCAAAUAAGCGAGUAUAUAGAAUCACAUUACAGUUUUAAAAAAGAUGAAACGUCCAACAGUACAAGUUCAGAAGAAAUAGAUCCAGACAGUUAACAAACAAAAAACAAUAUUAGAGCUUUGUUCCAUGUGCUUUGUUCAAUUUGCAAAUUAGUUUCAAUUUCAUUUAUUUUAUCAGCAUCUGAAAUAAAAAUAAGCUCGCGUCAAUUUCCUUUGUUCAGACGUGCAUUCGAGGGACGAAAUAAAUCGAUGUACGGAAACAUCCCCGACAUUUAUUAAGAGUGUACACUCGAAUUAUGUAUGAUUGGCGUCCUAGUUUGCGCAUGUUUAAUUAAUAAAUUACAAAACAAUAUAUUAAAACUGUGUGUAAUUACAUACAUGUAACAGUAUUCUUAGUCUUGUUGUGAACAUGCAUUUUGUGCUUUAACCAUCCCUUCGAAAUAACUCAUGUGGACUACUAGUUUUAUUGAUAUAUAAAAUUAGCAUUUGCGAUUAUGUUUUUUUAUUUUGAUAUGCCCUGUGUAUUUAAUAACUGAAAACUUCUUGUCUUGUUUGAGUUUAACCCAUUUGUAUUCUGGUUAAACAUGAAAUAUGAAACGGAAGUACCUUUAUUUAAGUUAUUUACAUGUAUUAUGUUAAUAUCAAUUAUGUUAUUGCUGAUAUUGAUAUAGCAAAAUACAACUAUUAUCAGAGAUCGUAAAUACAUAAUAAUAAUACAGGAAUGGGACGGAUAGCCAUUUGUGUAUUUCCCUAAAGUCCGUUUCUUGUGUGUAGCAUUAAUCAGAACCUCCAUCUUAUUAUUUAUGACUUUUAUAGAAAAUGCUAGAUAUAAGGAACAUAACUCUGUCUUCAGUAUUUUCAGAUUUGUGGACCAUUGCAUGCUUAUUUUUCAUGCUUAAAGUAUAACUGCAUAGGUAUUAAAUUGAUUAAAAUACAAUUUCAAGUAUUGAUUUUGAUAUUUCAAAUAUUGAUAAAGGAUAUUGAGUAGAAGUAUAGAUUAGAAUAUCCAUAACUUGUUUUUAGUAUUUUGUUGCGUAUCCCCAAUUCUUUAUGUUUUGUUCAAAAUAUAACAAUUUACUGAAAUUGUAUUGUGCAACGCAUAGUUUGACAAUAAUUGUUCAAUUGUGAAAUUGUUAUUUCAUUUUUACACAUAUAUUGCACCUUUGUUAGAAAGAAUGAAAAACAAUAGAACAUUUAUUAACUUCAGGCCAAGGUAAGCAUCCGGCCAUUAUUGUGACUUUAAUUUUGUGAUUCGGAUGAUAACUUUCCUGGAAAUGAGUCAAAGUUUCAAGCAUAGUUUAUUAUUGUUUCUUUCGAAAAUGUCAUGAUUUUUAUUGAUAGUAAUAAGUAUAUUAUAUUAAUUUCAGAUUUAUUGAAACAUGCAAAUGUUCAUGUUUGGAUACAGUCAUACAUGUAGAACUGUACACUUUAAAAAUAUGAAAUCUUUAUAUUUUCCAAACUUUGUUGAUGUCACUUUUUCGUUAUGAAUAAAUCAAUACCGGCAAUAUUGUUAAGU